UCUCACUGCCCAAUGCUCUAAUUCCAUCACACUACCCAACAGCCAAACAAAACAUCUCUCCUCUCUCUCUCUCUCUCACACACACACACACACUCUCUCUUUUCUCUCAAUUCCCAAUAACAGCAUUUCUCUCUCUCUCUCUCUCUCUUUUAAUACAAUAGGGAAACAUGGCUUCUCCUGCAGCUGCAGCAGCUUCAACACCCAAUAUUAGUGCAUGCGUCAAACCCAAAUUAUGCUAUUCUUCUUCUUCUUCUUCUUCUUCUUCCUCUUUCUCUUCAGCUCGUGAUUUGGGCUCUUUCUCUUUCCAUAGGCCCACCAUAAGGCCCAACAUAAACUGCUCUCUCCACUCCCCUUCUGUACUCCAUUUCCCAAAGCACACAUCAUCAAGCACUGGCGUUGCUACUGUUAAAACCACACUCCCAAAAGAGAAGGAUGACUUUUCUUCCUCUGUCUCACAGCAAUGGAACUUUUUGCAAAGCGCUGCUGCCAUGGCCUUGGAUGCCGUGGAGACCGCGUUGGUAGCACGCGAGACCCAGCACCCUCUUCCUAAGACCGCAGACCCCAGAGUGCAAAUCGCCGGUAAUUUUGCUCCGGUACCUGAGCAGCCCGUCCAACACUCUCUCCCGGUGGAUGGUCGAAUCCCUGACUGCAUUCAAGGCGUAUACACUCGGAACGGCGCCAAUCCCCUCCACAAGCCUGUCGCCGGCCACCAUCUGUUCGACGGAGACGGCAUGGUUCACGCUGUCCAAUUCAAAGAUGGCGAUGCUAGCUACGCCUGCCGCUUCACCGAGACGCAGCGUCUGAUCCAAGAGCGAGAUUUCGGCCGGCCGGUGUUCCCCAAGGCCAUCGGCGAGCUCCACGGCCACUCCGGCAUCGCUCGCCUCCUCCUCUUCUACGCUCGCGGACUCUUCGGUCUGGUCGACCACAGUCACGGCACCGGCGUUGCCAACGCUGGGCUCGUCUAUUUCAACCGUAGACUCCUCGCCAUGUCGGAGGACGACUUGCCGUACCAAAUCCGCGUGACCCCUUCCGGAGACCUGGAGACGGUGGGUCGCUACGACUUCGAGGGUCAGCUCCGUUCCACAAUGAUCGCUCACCCCAAAGUUGAUCCAGUGUCUGGAGAGAUGUUCGCUCUGAGCUAUGAUGUGGUCCAGAAGCCAUACCUCAAGUACUUCCGCUUCUCCCCAAAGGGUGACAAAUCCCCAGACGUGGAGAUUCCACUGGCAGAGCCCACCAUGAUGCACGACUUCGCAAUUACGGAGAGGUUCGUAGUGGUUCCAGAUCAGCAGGUUGUGUUCAAGCUGCAAGAGAUGAUCAGCGGUGGCUCUCCUGUGGUGUACGACAAGAACAAGAUAUCGCGGUUCGGGGUGCUGGACAAGAAUGCUACUGACGCUUCUGGUAUGCGAUGGAUAGAGGUCCCUGAUUGCUUCUGCUUCCAUCUCUGGAACGCUUGGGAAGAGCCGGAGACCGAUGAAGUCGUGGUGAUUGGCUCCUGCAUGACUCCACCCGACUCCAUUUUCAACGAAUGCGACGAAGGCCUCAAGAGCGUCCUCUCCGAAAUCAGACUUAAUCUGAAGACCGGAAAGUCCACACGCCGCCCUAUACUUCCGGAAUCGGAGCAAGUGAACUUGGAAGCCGGGAUGGUGAACCGGAACCGCCUGGGAAGAAAAACCCAGUUCGCCUAUCUGGCUGUGGCUGAGCCAUGGCCCAAGGUGUCUGGUUUCGCCAAGGUUGACCUCUCAACUGGGCAAGUCAGCAAGUACAUAUACGGAGAGCAGAGGUAUGGUGGUGAGCCUCUGUUCCUUCCAAGAGACCCCAACUCUGGCAGGGAAGAUGAUGGGUACAUCCUGGCUUUUGUGCACGACGAGAAGACAUGGAAAUCAGAGCUGCAGAUAGUGAACGCCACGAAUUUACAGCUAGAAGCUUCUGUGAAACUUCCCUCACGAGUUCCCUAUGGAUUCCACGGCACCUUCAUAAGCUCCAAGGAAUUAGAGAAGCAAGCUUGAUUAUGUAUAGAUUACAUAUAUAUGCAUAUACAUAGCUGCUUGGUGUCAGAUUGCAGAGGACGAGAGUGUAAAGGAGGAGGAAGAGGAGGAGAUGUACCAGAGGGAUGGUCCGCAUAUGCGUCCCCGGAAUCUCCAAACUCUCUACAGUAACUAUCCACUAGCUUCAUGUGUUUUUACUCUGCUUAAUUUUUUGUUUUCUUCUGCGAGAAAGUUUUGAGGGACCAGCUCGUAGCUUUUGGUGUAGCUAGAAUUAGAGCUCAGCUGGUUUCUGAUAUUCUUUCACUGUUUGUUUCUUAUAUAUGGUUGGAAAAGAAAAUAUGAUGCUAUAUUUCUGUAUUUGUCCCUUCGUCUGUCCAUGUAAAUUUGUCGUACGACAUGUCUACUUUGUAAAUAAUAACAGAUUUAUCAUCUUUCCCGCC